AUCUGACAGAUCCCUGGACUGCUGUCCUCACUUUUAUGCUGAUGGUGACCAGUGUGUCGAGUGUCUUGCGGGAUAUAAAACCAACAAAGGAAAAAACUGCACAGAGCCUUGUGAUUUUCCUUCCUAUGGUACACAGUGUCAAAGUACUUGUAAUUGUUCCCAAGAGGAUUGUCAUCACGUCAACGGAUGCCCUGUGUUAGGUACCACAGCGAGCCCAGUAACUACAAUAGAAACCACGAUCUUCAGUGUCACUGGAACUACUUCAGGGAAUUCAACGUCCGCUUUCCCAACAAAAGAUUGUGAUAAUACUUCGCUGAAAUAUCUUAUUCCUGUGGUGGGGGGUGUUCUUGUUGUGAUUAUGAUCGUCAUAAACAUCGUGAAUAUAUACUCCUACAUGAAAGACCGUAAAGAAGAACCGAUUGAUGUAGUUCUUUGAUAUUCCUCUUUAACGGUGGAUUCUUCUCAUAUUUAUUGGACGCGUGAGAUUGCAACAACUAUAGAAUGUAUAUGCAUGUGCGUUAAUUUGACGCACAGAAAAAUGGAUGUGUCGCAUAUCUCGUUAUAUUGUGUCAAUGUCAUUUCAAGGUCACGUUCUUUCCGAAAUAGAAAUUCUAUUAGAGCAGAUAUAAAUUGUAUAGACAUUGUGCUUGUGAAUCAUUAUGCGUUUUGUGUUUUAAAAUAUGUAGCAUAAUCGCUAUGUGUGAACAUAUUUCUGUGUGUUUCUAUGGCAGAAUUAAAAUAAUUCCACUACUUAUUUAUAUGGUAGACUAAGAUUCCUCUAAAUUUCGAUUUUUGCAUUCUCUCUCUCUCUCUCUCUCGAUUGAGAGAGAGAAAGAUAGAGGGGAGGGGAGAUCAGUGUCGGAUCUUCAAAGUGGAUACAAGGUCAAAUACUGAAGUUAUAUAAGGAUUAAAAAUAUAACAUAUUAUGUAA